AUGUCUUUCUACUUUCAGUCCAGAGAAUGGAUGGAUCAAAGAAUUGAUCCUGGGAGUAAUUGCGUUUCAGAAACAUUUCUCGGAGGUAUUGACGCAUUUAUUCAAUUUGAGUGUAAUCAAGCUGAUUACAAAGAAAGAGAGACUUUAUUGUGUCCGUGUGCUCGAUGCAAAAAUGUGAAGCAACGAGAAGCAAGAGUUGUCGCAAGACAUCUAUUCUUAUAUGGUUUUAAGGGAAAUUAUUAUGUUUGGACGAGUCAUGGAGAGAAAUUCUAUGAUGUUGGUGAGAGUUCCGGGGCGAAUCAGUCGACUGGUGAAGAAGAAAUGUGGGAGAAUCCUACUUGGAAUGCUUAUGAAGAUCACCAUCAGAAUAUUCCAGAAGUACAAGAAGACAUUGCGCCACCUUACAUGCCAGAAUCUAUAGAAGAGAUGGGCAUAGCGGAACCAUAUCACGAUAGUGUUUUUGAAGCAUUUGAAGCAGCCACUCAACCUCUCUACGAAGGAUGUGCAGAGGGAAUAUCUCAAUUGUCUCUUGCUUCGCGGAUGAUGAAAGUGAAGACAGAUUAUAAUCUACCAGAAGCUUGUGUAGAUGAGAUAUCUGAAGUAUUUAAAAACAUACUUCCACAGCCAAAUAAAGCUCCAGCAACAUAUUAUGAGACAAAGAAACUGACACGAGCACUUGGGUUACCCGUACAGAAGAUUGACGUUUGCGUGAAGAAUUGUAUGUUAUUUUGGAAAGGAGAAGAUGCGAAGUUGGUCAGUUGUCGGUUUUGUGGAGAAGAUCGCUACUACCCGAAGAAUGGAAAAGGUAAAAACAAACCUAAACAGAGAAUGUUUUACCUGCCAAUUGCAGAUCGUCUGAAGCGUCUAUACCAACUCGAGGCGACAGCUUCCAAUAUGCGAUGGCAUAAGGAACAUGUGACUCCGGAAGGAGAAAUGCAUCACCCAUCUGAUGCCAUUGCGUGGAAACACUUUAAUGAGUUAUAUCCUGGUUUUGCUGCUGAAAGCCGGAAUAUUUAUCUAUGCUUAUCAACAGAUGGGUUUAAUCCGAUUGGUAUGAAUGGCGAAGCACAUUCCCUUUGGCCCGUUAUUGUAAGUCCAUACAAUUUGCCUCCGGGAAUGUGUAUGAAAAGAGAAUUCUUUUACCUUUCGGUGCUAAUUCUGGGGCCCAAACAUCCAAGAAAAAGCUUAGAUAUUUACCUUCAGCCUUUGAUUGAAGAAUUACAGAGUUUAUGGAAGGAUGGUGUGGAGGCAUAUGAUAUUUCAAGGAAAGAAAGAUUCAUAAUGCGAGCAGUGUUGAUGUGGACGAUAAGCGAUUUUCCAGCGUAUGGGAUGCUUUCAGGUUGGACGACGCAUGGUCGGUUAGCGUGCCCAUAUUGUCAAGAUGAGACAGGUGCGUUCUGGUUACGUAAUGGACGAAAACAUAGUUGGUUUGAUUGUCACAGAAGGUUUUUAGAUGAAGAUCAUCCUUACAGGAAAAACACUCAAGCAUUUACACGGGGAAAAACAGUUCUAGAUCCUCCUCCACCAUGGUUGACCGGAGAAGAAAUAUUGCGUGAGAGGAUAAAUAAUAUUGAAGGUUUAUCGAAGUCCGUUGAAUGUGGAGGGAAUGGACAUGAUAAUCCAUCCAAGACAAUAGCUGAAUACGGAGUUACUCACAAUUGGGUAAAGAAGAGUAUUUUUUGGGAGUUACCGUAUUGGGAAACUCAUCUUCUUCGGCAUAACCUUGAUUUCAUGCACAUUGAGAAGAACUUCUUCGAUAACCUCACGAACACAUUGUUAAAUGCUCCUGGGAAGACAAAAGACAACAUCAAAAGCAGAUUGGAUCUUCCAGGACUAUGCAAAAGGCGUGAUUUAGAGAUGAAAGAGGAUGGAACGAUGCCCGUGCCAAUAUUCAGGCUGUCAAAUGCGGCAAAGCGAGAAUUCCUUCUGUGGCUGAAAAAUGACAUAAAAUUUCCCGAUGGGUACGCCUCCAAAUUUAGUCGUUGUAUUGACGAAAGCAAUUUAAAGCUACAUGGCUUGAAAAGUCAUGAUUGUCAUGUCAUAAUGGAACGACUAUAUCCAUUUGCGUUCGCUGAACUCCUUCCAAAAAAUGUUCAUACGGCAAUUAGAGAUAUUGCCCUCUUUUUCCGAGAUAUAUCUUCGAAGAUUUUGAAAGAAUCAGAUGUUGGUCUUUUAAAGGCAAAUAUUGGUGUGAAGCUUUGUAACUUGGAAAAGAUAUUUUCUCCAUCAUUCUUCGAUGUUAUGGAACAUCUUCUUAUGCACCUUCCAGAUGAGGUAGCCUUAGGAGGCCCCGUCCAUUUUAGGUGGAUGUAUGUAUUUGAAAGAUACAUGUACCAUUUGAAGAAGAUGGUCAAAAACAAAGCACACAUUGCAGGUUCGAUAGUUGCACAAUGGAUAAACGAGGAGAUUUCAAGAGCAUCCUCAAUUUUUUUUGGGAAUCCUGAAAUCAUGAGCAUUCCAGAAGGUCCAAGUGAUAUUCGUUUCUCAUACACUUAUUCGGAUGUACCACCUUUGUUUUACCAUGAAGGGAGAAUCAGUGGUCAAUGCUCAACUGGUUGGUUAAAUGAUGAAGAUAACACCGUUCUUCAGACAUUUAUGAUGCUCAACUGUGAAACAUUUGCUCCAUAUGAAAGUAUUCCUGAAAUUACUCCAGCUGCAAUGCAAAAAGCGAAAGACACUAAGUUUGCUGAGUGGUGCAAAGACUAUAUUAAUGAUGCGACUCAGUUUUACACAUUUCCUAUGUGGAUGUUGGAUUUUGUACAAGGUCCUAGGCGCAGUUAUAGGUCUUGGCCAAUAUACCACACACGGGGAUACACUUUCCACACACAUAACCACGGUCAAGAUAGGAAAACUCAACAUUAUGGUGUUUGUGUUCCUGGAACUAAUAAAACAGACUACUAUGGCCUUAUACAGGAGAUUAUGAUGGUGGAGUAUCAUGGUGAUGUUGGCUUGAAAGUCAUGGUUUUCAAAUGUUCGUGGUUUGACACCACGGAAAAUCGCGGUAUGAGAAUACAUCCAUCUGGUCUUGUUGAUGUCUCACCACGAAGACAAUAUGCCAAAUAUGAUCCUUUUGUAUUACCUGGUAAUUGUGAUCAAGAUGAUAGACGUGACCAAGUUGCGGAAAGUUCAUUGUUACGGGUGGAAACACAUGUUGUUGACGAUGUGUCUGAUUAUGAUAUUGCUCCGGUGAAUCCUCCAAACGAUGAAUAUGUAUCAGAUGUCGAGGUACAAUCAGACGGGGAUUCGGAAUAG